CACAUCCCCAAUCACCACAAACGCCUAUAUCGAGCCACCAGCCUCUGCAACAUCUAGGGUUUGUGUUCAUCUUCAAUUCCUGGAUCAUUCAUCCAUGAGACCCCCAAACGCACCCAAAAUCUCGCUUCAUUUCAUCUAAUUUCUCUCUUAUUUCCCGUCCUCGAUCACCUUUUUUUCCUAUAGCGAUUCGUUAGUUAUGUUUAAUAUUAUUGCUCGAUCAUCCUCAUCAAUAUUAUUGCUCACUAAGCUUGUUAAUCUCCGUGUGUUUGGUCCUGGGUUGAAUCCUUUUGCUCCUUACAACAUGGCUAAUCACUUUUCUCGUUAAUUCUCACAUUUGUUGAACUGGUUUAUGCGAAUUAUGUAAAGAAGACGAGUUUUGGAGAUUUGUGUGUUUUCCGUUGUUUGCAAUCAGUUAUAAUUAGUUUCUUUGGGUGCGAAAUAGUGUGGUUUUUGGGGUGUAUAAUUGGGAUGAUUCAGGAUUAUUUGUUGCGGUCGAAUAGUAACCGCAGGCGCGUGAAGCGGUCGGAUAGCAUGAGGUCAGGGGAGGAUAGGGAUGAUAGAGGCUGGACGAAUUUGCACGUUGGUGCUCGAAAAGGGGAUCUUAAAGAGGUAAAAAGGCUUCUUGAUGAAGGAAUGGAUGCGAAUGUGGCAGCAUUUGGCCCCAAAGCACAUGGGCUCACCCCUCUUCAUCUUGCUGCCAAGGGUGAUCACAUAAAGGUUAUGGAUGAACUGCUUGAGCGUGGUGCCAAUAUCGAUGCUCGGACCAAAGGCGCUUGUGGUGGCUGGACUCCACUUCACACUGCUGCAAAAGAAAGAAACAGGCGGGCAAUCAGAUUCCUAAUAGAAAAUGGAGCAUUCUUGCCGGAUAACAUCGAGGAUACCCGAUUUAAUCCACCGGUCCAUUACUGUCCUGGUCUUGAAUGGGCAUAUGAGGAGAUGAAACGUGUUCAACUAGAAACGAGCUCAUCAUCUGGAGAAAGUUCCAACAGUUCCUAGAACUAAACCCCACCGUUUCCACUUCCUGCACCUUUAUUUUAAUGUUGUGCGAACUAAAACUUUCAAUGGCGUGAUGCACGAUAAUCUGGUUUCUGUCUGAUUUUGUUUGUGAUAUCAUUGUUGUAUUUUAGUUUCUGGGUGUUUGAAUAUGAAUUCUAUUCAAUAAAUCAAAUGCUAUGGUAAUUCUGCUGUUUGGUUGAAA